UGCCGUACAGCAGAGCAACAUGUCCAACGUGAGAGUUUGAAUUAUCGAGAUAUUAAUCUGAUCUCAAAUCAGAAGAUACCGCACAGUUAUACGACAACAUGUCGGAUCUCAAGAUUAACAAGAAGUUUGCAGAGAAGUAUGAGAAAUAUCGCCAGAAAGAGGAACUGCAGAGACUGAAGGACCGUUAUGGAGACCAGGAAGAGGAAAAUUCAUCAAACUCCUCCGAAUCUGACUCUGAUGACAGUGAAGUGGAGCUGGAUCCAAAGCUAGACAGAGAUUUUUACAGAACUCUCUCGCUUCUGAAGAAAAAGGAUCCAAAGAUCUAUCAGAAAGAUGCCAAAUUCUACACAGAAGAAACAUCUGGGUCAGGCAGCGAUGAGCAACCGUCCACUUCGAAACAGUCAGAGAAACCCAUGUUCCUUAAGGACUAUGAGAGGAAAGUCAUCCUGGAGAGAGGAGGAAAAUAUGAAGACGAUGACAGUGCUGAUGAAGAAAUCUCCGCAAAGAUGCAGGAGAGAGCUGCAUCUCCCACAUACAUCCAGGAGCAAAAGGAGAUACAGGAAAGUUUGCGCAAGUUUGUUCAAGACAGUGAUGAUGAGGACAGUGAUGGUGACGGACAGUUUUUGACACGGAGGACCAAAACACAAGAGGAAAAAGACAAAGAGGAAGCUGACUAUGUGGAAUGGCUGAAGGGUCAAACAGAGCUGGAUGAGAAAGAAGAACUUAAGGACAUGAAAUAUCUGCGGGACUACUGGAACAAUCCUCAGUUAGAUGAGAAAGAGUCUUUCCUGCGGGACUUCAUGCUCAACAAGGGCUACAUGGAGGAGGAGGAUGAAGAGAGGAUCCCCACAUAUAAUGAGCUCAUGCAGGAUGAUGUGGAUGAUUCUGAGGAUGAAGGAGAAUCAUUUCUGCAUAAACAGGAAGACUUUGAGAGGCAUUACAACUUCCGCUUUGAGGAGCCUGAUGCUGGAAAAGUCAAAACAUAUCCCCGCAACAUUGCAACUUCUGUCCGCAGCAAAGACGACAGGAGAAAGAGGAAGAGAGAAGAGGUUAAAGAAAGGAAGAAGAAGGAGAAGGAACAGAAGCAGCAGCAGUUGAAGGAACUGAAGAACCUAAAGCGAGCAGAGAUCAUGGAUAAACUGAAAAAACUGCAGGAGCUAACUGGAAAUGAACAGCUAGCCUUCAAUGAUGUUGACCUGGACGGAGACUUUGACCCUCAGCAACACGACCAGCUUAUGCAGAAGGUCUUUGGUGAUGAAUACUAUGAAGAGAAUGAAGAAGAAAAACCACAGUUUGAAGGCGAUGAGGAAUUUGAAGAAAAUUGGAACUGGGAUACAUGGGUGGGAAAACAGCAGAAUGAGGAAGAGUAUGACCACAAGGAAGACUAUACUGCGGAGGAACACUACCAGCCCAACUGUGAUGAUCCUGACUUUAUCAUGGAUGCUGAUUACGACCCAAGCCAACAGGCCGUUUCUAAAAAGAAAAGAAAAAAAGAGAGAGAGGAGAAGAAAAAGAAGAGCAAAGAGGACGUCCCACUCAUGGGAAAGAAGAGGAAAAAGUCCCACUUUGCAGAGAUCAUCAGCAAAAGCAAGCCUGUCUUUGAUCCAAACGAGAAGAGCUUCGAGCAGUACUUGGACGAGUACUAUAAACUGGACUUUGAGGACAUCAUUGAUGACCUGCCGUGCAGAUUUCGCUACCGAGAAGUGGUAGCCAAUGACUUUGGGCUGAGCACUGAUGAGAUUCUGAAUGCAGGUGAUAAGGAGUUGAACCGCUGGUGCUCACUAAGGAAGACCUGCAUGUACAGGUCAGAAAGGGAGGAACUCUGUGACCUGAAGAACUUCCAGAUAAAAGCACGCAAUGUCAAGAAGAAACAGCAAGUGUUCGUGUCUUUGUUUAAUGAAAAUGAUGGUCAGGAGGAGCAAAAGGAUACCAAGGGGAAGGUGGGAAAGAAGAGGAGGGAUCGUCUAAAGAAAGCCGAGCUCACGGAGAAGAGCGACACCACUGUGACUGAAGAAACAGCUGAACCUCCUCCAGCAGAGCAAGCAGAUGUCCAGGACCUCAAAGCGACCAUCGCAAAUGAUGAAGAGGAGGAUGACGAGGAGUUCCUGGUUCCUAAGAAAAAGAUGAAGACGGCAGAGACUGUGGUAACCAAGAGGAAAGAGGCAGAUGUUGAAAGAACUGAAAAACCCAAAAGACCCAGAAAGAAAAUGCGUCGCUCAGGUGGACGGCGGCAGCUGAAGUCCAUGACGGUGAAGAUGGCCGGUCGAGAAUUCAGCAGACAGAGACUACAAGCCUACGGGCUCAAUCCAAAGAGACUCCACUUCAGAGAGCUGUACAGACAGAAACGGAAAGAGCGAGAGAAACAGGAAAAGCAGCAGAAGAAGAGCAAACAGUGAUGCUGGAAAUCAACACCAUUUUGAUUGAGCUGUUUUUAAGGGACCAGGAACCGCUGAAAAUAGGAAAUUGCAUUAUUAACAUGUUCAUUUCAAUCUUGAAAGUUUCUGAAUCAUUGCUGAAAGCUUUCUCUGUUUUUCUUUUUUAAUUAAAAGAGUUUUUGUGGAA